AUGCUGAUAUUAAACGACGAGCAAAUUUCGGCGGUGCUAAUUUUUCCGUUAGCUUUUAUCGGUUUCAUGGCGAAUUGGUCAGUUGCAUUUCUGAUCAAGAAACUCCCAUCUCUGAAAAACUCUUUCGGAAUGCUCACCACUUCCCAGUCAAUUGGUGACGCGGUGCAUUCCACAAUUUUUGCAUUUAUUGUCUCGUCAAUGUGUUUUUUUGAUUUGAAAUUUCUGAAAUCGUAUUCAUAUAUAGUUGGCCACAUCUUAAUCAUAACCUAUGAAGUUUCGACCUAUUCCCAUCUGUGUAUCUCUUUGAAUAGAUUUUGCUCAAUUGUGGCUCCCAUCAGCUAUGAAUCAAUAUUCAACUCCUCAAAUACCAAACAACUAAUUAUUAUUUCAUGGGCUCUCGCUAUUUUUCCAUCGUUUUAUUUUUAUGUGUAUAAUGACUGCAAACUAUUUUAUAACGAAGUUUUCUCUGCUUUCUUUUUCACCCGAUCCCCAUCCUGUUCGACGAUUGUCUGGUAUGCGGACUAUUUGAAGUUUAACUCUAUUGUAAUUGCAAUAGUUAUUAUUGAUGUGAUCACUGUCUCCAAAGUUAGAAGUUUUAAAACAAAAAUUUCCGCAUACUCAAACCAGUCAGCGAAAAAAAGUAGCACAGAAAUGAACUUUUUGAAGCAAGCAUGUCUCCAGGCUUUUGUAUUUGUUUGUGAGCUAGUCUGCUAUUUUUUGAUAGCUCCAAAAGUAAUCGAAUAUGGAAGAUGGUUCGUAUUCCUUUUGACAACAAUUCCAUGGGUCAGCGUGCACAUGCUCGAUGGAAUCAUCACACUAACUUUUAAUAAAGAUUUCAGUCAGUUCAUACUAUAUAGACUGAAAAUCAGUGAGUUAACUCUCAGUAGUUUUCUAACAAUAUUUACAAUUUGA